UCUAACACCAGGAACCUCAUUAGCAAUGGCAGAGGUAGCUAUACAUUCUCCUCCCCCAGUUUCAUAUGCAAAUCAAAGUUACCAGGACGCGAAGCUGAACUAUAUAUCUCUGCAUUAGCUAGACAUCACUUGCCCUAGGCCAGUUAUUAGUUGCUAAACCUAGACAGACAGCAUCCGCGUGGAGAAUGUAGCGGAGAAAAUUUCCGCCGAUGUUGAUUAUUUGUUCAAACUAUAAUAUUUUGUACACCAUUAAAAUGAUGCCCAACUUUUGAGACUGGUAGCACAACCCUAAUGCUAAAGAUUUGUGUAGAACAACUAACUUAUAGGAUACCAAAACAAACUUCGAAUACAGAUUCUUUCUGGUGACUUACAAGAACUCACAACAAAGUUCAAGCAAUCCGCGCAAAGAUCUUAGAUCUUAUUGAAGUUCUUCAAAGACACAACCACGUUCAUUCAUAUAAAACAAUACAACAAACAACGCAGCAUAUCGACAGCGAGGGCAGAGUCACCUAAUUAAACACCGGCGACAAAGGUGCAAGCGCCGAUAAGUUGCCAAGAAAGUAUCUGGCUGUACACAAAAUCAAUCACGACUGCAAUAUGCCUGCCAGUACAUAGCUGCGGCUUGACACACUGAUAAAGACAUUGAGAAGCAAAGAUAAAAACUACAAAACAAAAUAAGAAAACAAGAAAACAAGCAUAUUAAUCACGAGUCGAUGUCGUAGUGGAGUGGAGACGCAAUCAGCCACAUGCAAUGGAAGGCAAUGAUGAUACGUCGCGGAACGCUAUUCUACAUAUUGAAAUAAAAUUUCGGUUGGAAUAAAAUGAUUGCAAAAACAGUAAUAGGCGAAACGCGCUCUCAGCCGGAGCGCAAACAGGGCAAUAUUUUAGAUUUUGCGCAAAUUACAAAAAUUAGUUGAAACAAAAUCAGAUGUUUUUAGAUAAAUACCAAAAGCUACGCAAAAAUUCAAAUGACACGUCGCGGCAAAUUCGUAGUGAAUAAGGUAAGCAAUGCUAGAAUACAUUUCAUUAGGGACACACCGGCACCGCAGAGCGCGGCGCCGCAACACUGCCACAAUGUGAGCAGCUGCACACCUGCGCAAGUGGGUUGCGGACGGCCCGCUCCGCCACCCACGCUCACACUCACACAGAAGCUCGAAUUCGUAUUGACGCUCGUUAAUCGGCUGCUAAUCGGCUUCGUAACAGUUUACUUGUGCUGGAUGAGUCUGCGUUUGGACAGCAAGGAUAUUCCAUGGCAUGCGGUGUUUUGCACACUGGGCUUUCUCUGCUUGAUGUCCGAAGGUCUGAUGGCCUACUAUCGUGGCAACGCUUGCACCCAGGUGUGUCAUCGGCCGGAGAAGGCACGUUUGCAUUGGGUGUUACAGUUGUGCGGCUCCAUAAUCGGUCUCAUUGGCAUUGUGAUUAAAAUGUGUUUGGAGGAGGUUCACUUUCACACGCGUCAUGGCAUCAUAGGUCUGGCUACCAUGGUUAUUUUAUUUAUCAGCUUGUUAAGCGGUCUCAGCUCACUUUAUGCCGCCGAACUGAAGGGACGCCUACAACCACGCUUUAAUAAAACAUUGCACAAUAUUAUUGGCUUGAUUACGUUUACAUUGGCUAUGCUGAGCAUGUAUUACUCGUUCGAGACGCAACUAUUUAACGAUUACUCGUUAGACGCUUCAACUUAUAUGGACUUCCGUUUUCUCUUGGAGAUUACCACAAUUAUUAUAUUUGUGUUGACCGCUUAUGGCCCUAUGUGGUGCUUAUUUUAUAGUCGUUUGUAAAGUAAGCGGAGAGUUAUUUAGUGAAUAAUAACGUUGAACUUUAGAAAACAAUA